GCCGUCUAUAUAUAUCUAUAUAUAAUCUCAGCUAGGGUUUAAACCCUCGCUUUUGUAUUUUGCAGGUUUAGCCGAGCGAGGACUAGCUUCGCCGUCAACCCAGAGAUCUACGUUCCGACGACUCCAAGAUGGCAAGGGGUUUGAAGAAACAUCUGAAGAGGCUUAAUGCUCCAAAACAUUGGAUGCUUGACAAACUUGGUGGUGCAUUUGCUCCCAAGCCGUCAUCUGGGCCCCACAAAUCUCGAGAAUGCUUGCCUUUGAUCCUUAUUUUGCGGAACAGGUUGAAGUACGCACUCACAUACCGUGAGGUCAUUGCCAUUCUGAUGCAGCGACAUGUAUUGGUUGAUGGGAAGGUUAGGACUGAUAAGACCUACCCUGCAGGAUUCAUGGAUGUUUUAUCAAUUCCCAAAACAAAUGAAAACUUCCGUCUCCUUUAUGAUACCAAGGGUCGGUUCCGUCUCCACUCAAUUAGGGAUGAAGAGGCAAAGUUUAAGCUCUGCAAGGUUCGGUCUGUGCAGUUUGGGCAGAAGGGAAUUCCCUAUCUCAACACCUAUGAUGGGCGAACUAUCCGAUACCCAGACCCAGUUAUCAAGGCCAAUGACACCAUCAAGCUGGACUUGGAAACCAACAAAAUUGCCGAUUUCAUCAAGUUUGAUGUUGGGAAUGUUGUCAUGGUGACUGGUGGAAGAAACAGGGGUCGUGUUGGAAUAAUUAAGAACAGGGAUAAGCAAAAGGGAAGCUUUGAAACAGUUCACGUACAGGAUGCCCUUGGUCAUGAGUUUGCAACUCGACUUGGAAAUGUUUAUACCAUCGGCAAGGGUACGAAGCCAUGGGUCUCUCUUCCCAAGGGCAAGGGUAUCAAGUUGUCCAUCAUUGAAGAGGCAAGGAAGAGGCUUCAAGGCCAACCGAUCACUGCUACUUAAUCAGUAUUGUUUAUCGAUUAUAGUUUUAGAGCAUUACCUAGGUGGAGUUCGCUUUUGCUAUUUGAUCACCCUUUCAUUAGGUCGUACCAGGGAUUCACGUUUUUGCUUUAAUUUUGCAGUACCGGGUUUUAGACAAUUUUGAGUUGCAAUACCUUGAUUUUCUGUUCUGACUAGAACGAGGGAUAUCGGACAUCUUUAUGCGAAUUUGAAAUUUCUGUUUUGGCA